AUGCUGAAAUUCUGCAUAAUGUGUGCUCUUUGGUACUCUGCCUCCGCAAUGUCAUCCAACACGGGCAAAGCUAUUCUUAAUCAGUUUAGGUUCCCGGUCACUCUAACGUUCGUGCAAUUUGGUUUUGUGGCGGGGUACUGCCUCCUCUGUAUGAACCCGAUCGUCCGCUUUUCGCGGUUGCGAAAGCCAACGCGAGCUAUCUUGAAGAAUACGCUGCCGAUGGGUAUCUUCCAAGUUGGCGGGCAUAUGUUCUCGAGCAUGGCUAUUUCCCGGAUUCCCGUCAGCACUGUGCACACCAUAAAGGCACUAUCACCGCUAUUCACUGUUGUGGCAUAUGCAUUCCUUUUCGGCGUGAAAUACUCGCCGAAGACCUACAUCUCUCUUCUGCCGCUAACGCUUGGCGUCAUGCUCGCAUGUUCAUUCGAUAUGUCCGCCUCUAAUGCUCUGGGAUUGACUUGUGCUUUCGCUUCUGCAAUCGUGUUCGUUUCCUCAAACAUAUUUUUCAAGAAGGUCAUGCCCACUCCGUCCUCUGGAGCAUCACACGGAAGCACCCACAAGCUAGAUAAACUCAACUUAUUGUUCUAUUCGUCCAGCAUGGCUUUCUUGCUCAUGAUUCCGAUGUGGCUAUAUUACGACCUUCCGGUGCUUCUCUCGCCGUCGCGGUAUGUUUCACAUCCAUCUCACGGCCACGCAUCCCCGCACGGUGUUGGAUACUAUUUUUUCAUCAACGGGACUGUCCACUAUGGCCAAAACAUCAUCGCAUUUAUCAUUCUAUCAUCUACGUCGCCAGUCACUUACUCCAUCGCGUCGCUGUUCAAGCGUGUUGCGGUCAUUUGCAUCGCGAUCCUAUGGUUUAAUCAAUCCGUACAUCCCGUACAAGGAUUUGGCAUCUGUUUGACUUUUGCUGGUCUGUGGAUGUACAACAAUGCGAAACCAGAUGUCGAGAAGGGAGAGAACAAGAUGCGUCGUGUUGAGGCGGCCCGCGAAAUGAUUCUCCCGAGUACCAGGGCAGAGCAUCGCAUGAUGCAUGCCAGCGACUCGCCUGCUCUGUCUGAUAACGAAGGGGAGCCUAUUUCAGUUUCUUCCGGUGUGGAACGAGCAGCAUACGCCCCUCCAUCAGUUGCUCAAGACUUCACUCACGGAGUAGCCUUACCUCCACCGCCUCAUUCUCAGCCGCACUCUCACCAUAACCCAAACCUUACCAUCAAGAUAGCGCCACCCGUUGAUCAAGUCAAGGUCACAGAAUCCCCUGUAGACUCAUACCCAUCGCCUCCUCUGUCCAACGAUUCUCCCCCUCCCAGUGCUAUGCCACUUACUUCUGUCCCUGAGGGAAAAUCCCGCCGCCGAGGGACAAUUUCUCGCCACGUACACUAG